CCCUCAGGUUACACCAGGGCUGCACCUUCAGUGUGCGAGCUUUCCUUUGCUGUACACGUGGGGUGGGGAGCUGUGACCCUCCCCUUCCAGCAGGCACUGAAUGGCAGCUCACAGUGCUGCUGGCUGUGGAGCAAAUCUGAGAGGAUGUAAUGCACUUAUUGAACAUAUCCGUGCUGGGCUUGCAUUGUCAGCUGCAUUUCCCUGACCCAGAGCGUUCCCUCAUGGCUCACGAAGCCUGCCUUGCUUUGCAGGCCUGGGUCCCAGGGCAGGGCCAGGGGGGAGUGCGUACCAUUAACUGCAGCACUCUUUUUCCCUUCCAGUUAAGCCUGGAAAACCUUAGCCAAAAGACAGCAAACCACAGGGAAGUGGAGACGUGUGUGAUUGUCUGAAGCUGCUCUGGAGUGCCUGGACUGCCACGGUGGAGCGCAGAACCUACGGGCUCGCUGCAGGAUUUAGGUCACCCUUGCUGUGGAGCACACAGGACCUGGGGACUGAGCUUGCCCUAAAAGAAACCAUGUCAUCAGGGGGAGCUGAAGAUGAUAUUCCUCAAGCAGAGAGAAAAACGGUGACAGACUUUUGCUACUUAUUGGAUAAAUCUAAGCAGCUCUUCAAUGGCUUAAGGGAUUUACCUCAGUAUGGGCAGAAGCAGUGGCAAUCCUAUUUUGGGCGAACAUUUGAUGUUUACACCAAACUCUGGAAGUUCCAACAGCAGCACCGACAAGUAUUGGACAAUCGGUAUGGGUUGAAGAGGUGGCAAAUUGGGGAAAUUGCUUCCAAGAUUGGGCAGCUCUAUUACCAUUAUUACCUGCGCACCUCUGAGACCAGCUAUCUCAACGAGGCGUUCUCCUUCUACUCAGCCAUCAGGCAGAGGUCCUACUACUCCCAAGUCAACAAAGAAGACAGGCCUGAGCUAGUGGUUAAGAAGCUGCGUUACUAUGCAAGGUUCAUAGUGGUUUGUCUCCUGCUCAACAAGAUGGAUGUUGUAAAGGACCUUGUGAAGGAGCUGUCAGAUGAAAUUGAAGACUACACGCAUCGUUUCAAUACUGAGGAUCAGGUGGAGUGGAACCUGGUUCUUCAGGAAGUGGCAGCAUUUAUUGAGGCAGACCCUGUCAUGGUUUUAAAUGAUGACAACACCAUUGUAAUCACCUCUAACAGGCUUUCUGAGACGGGAGCUCCGUUGCUGGAGCAGGGGAUGAUAGUGGGACAGCUUGCUCUUGCAGAUGCGCUCAUUAUUGGGAACUGCAACAACCAGGUCAAGUUCAGUGAACUGACAAUCGACAUGUUCCGGAUGCUGCAGGCUCUGGAGAGGGAACCCAUGAACUUGGCAUCUCAAAUGAACAAGCCUGGAAUGCAGGAGUCAACAGAGAAACCAGCCAGGCGGGAAAACCCCCAUAAAUACCUACUUUAUAAACCAACUUUUAGCCAGCUAUAUACAUUUUUAGCAGCAUCAUUUAAGGAGCUGCCUGCCAACAGCGUGCUGCUGAUUUACCUGUCUGCCACGGGCGUGUUCCCAUCAGGUCGUUCGGAUAGUGAAGGUCCCUACGAUUUCGGGGGAGUGCUGACCAACAGCAACCGCGACAUCAUCAACGGGGACGCGCUGCACAAGCGCAGCCAGGCCUACAAGGAGAUGCACUGCCUUCACCCUGGAGAUCUGUACCCUUUCACCAGAAAGCCCCUGUUCAUCAUCGUGGAUUCUUCCAACAGCGUCGCCUACAAGAAUUUCACAAACUUAUUUGGACAGCCAUUGGUGUGCUUGCUUUCUCCAACAGCAUAUCCAAAAGCCUUGCAAGAUCAGUCUCAGCGGGGUAGCCUCUUCACACUCUUUCUGAACAAUCCCUUAAUGGCAUUCCUGUUUGUCUCUGGAUUAUCAAGCAUGCGCCGAGGAUUGUGGGAGAAGUGUCAGGAUUACCUCCGGAAAAUCAACCGGGACAUUGCCCAGCUGCUGACCCACUCCCGCUCCAUAGAUCAGUCCUUCCUUCAGUUUUUUGGGGAUGAGUUCCUUCGCUUGCUUCUCACAAGAUUUAUCUUCUGUUCGGCUACGAUGAGGAUGCACAAAAUCUUCCGGCAGGAGACUCGAAAUUAUCCCGAAUCUUAUCCUCAGCUGCCAAGAGAUGAAACGGUGGAGAACCCUCACCUCCAAAAGCACAUUUUGGAGCUGGCUUCCAUUCUGGAUGUUAGGAAUGUUUUCCUGGAAAACACACUCGAUGACUAUUAAAAGAAACUGUCUUAUUGCAAAGGGGAUUCCCUGGCCACAGAUUUUGAAUGGUGCAGUUUUAUAAUGUGAAAAUCAUAAAAGGAAGUACUUGAUUUUAUUUUUAAAUUUAGGACCAUUAUUUUAAAAAGUAAUAAUAAACAGCUGUUAGUUGAGCUGUUCCAUUCUGUAUGGGGUCAAUUUUAUAAGCAGAAGUUUUCAUGUCUUUUAAAUGUUAAACUAAAGAAUCACAAGAGGUUUAUUUCUGGUCUUGUGGCUGUCAACCACAUUUCCAACAGCUGAUCCUAAGCAUAGAAGUAUUAUUGGUUACCUUUAGCCCACAUUUGUGGAAAUCCUUUAUUUUUAUACAAUUUUAAGAAAUUGGAAAGAAAAAAAACAACAGAAAAAACCCAAUAUUUUAUCCCCAAAGAGUAUGGAUUUGAAAUGGUAAAGAUGGAACCACACAGUGCAAACCAACAAUAGCAAUAACACAGAUUCCUUCAUAACAAAUAUAUUUUUUCAGUCUUAGGCAAGCGAGGAAACAAAACUGUGGGCAAUUAAGUUGCAUUUGGAGCAGUGUUUUGAAGUGAAUUUGUAAAGAUACUUAAUGCUCCCUAUGAGUUUGAUGCAGCAGUUUUCUGUUUGAGCUGUGUACUGCUGGCCAAGGACCUGGCUGGGCAGGGGGGUCAAUGGUGAACCAACUGCGAACCCCGAAGGUCAGCCCCCACCUCUCCCUGGCAUGUGGGGCAUCCUGCCACAGCAGGAGGGGGCAUUCUUCAGUUUGAGGCACUG